UUCUCGUGCUCGCUUUCUUCCUAUUUGCUCAAAGGUGUUCGUUCCCCCAAUCACAAAUAAAAAGCUCGAUAUUUCAAUUCAAUCUCCAUUGAAUUGAUGUUUUGAUCCAUCACAAUUUUCUCAAUUUGAUCUGUUAUUUUCCUUUCCCACUUUCAGCAGACGCAGCCAUGGAUUUUAUGAAGGUCUUCGAUCAAACAGUCCGCGAAAUAAAGAGGGAGGUGAAUUUGAAGGUGUUGAAGGUUCCGGAGAUCGAACAAAAGGCUUUGGAUGCGACGGACGACGAACCUUGGGGUCCUCAUGGCACAGCAUUGGCGGAGAUAGCACAGGCCACAAAGAAAUUCACUGAUUGUCAGAUUAUUAUGAAUGUUAUUUGGACAAGAUUGACAGAGUUGGGAAAGAAUUGGCGUUUCGUAUAUAAGGCAUUGGCUGUUAUAGAGUAUCUGGUGGCCCAUGGAUCCGAACGUGCUGUUGAUGACAUUAUAGAACAUACUUAUCAGAUAUCUUCCCUGUCAACUUUUGAGUAUGUGGAGCCGAAUGGGAAGGAUUUGGGAAUUAAUGUGAGGAAAAAGGCUGAAACCAUAGUGGCUCUUCUAAAUGACAAAGACAAAAUGCAAGAAGUACGGAAUAAAGCUGCUACCAAUCGUGAAAAGUACAUUGGACUUUCAUCAUCUGGAAUGACAUACAAGUCGGGUGCACCCUCAUUCAGUAGCAGUAACUUUAAGAGUAAUGAUCGGUACGGAGGUUUUGGUAAUAGAGGAGACAGUGAAACAUCUAAAACUUCUAAUGAUAGUUACAGAGACAAGGAUUACUAUGGUGAAGGUAAAUACGAGAAGACUACCAGAAAGAAAAAGCCUUCUCGCUCUGGCAGGAAAGAACAAGACUCAACUGCAAACGUUGCAUCAAAUAAAUCUACAAAAACUAGCAAGUCGGACAAAUAUGCUUCAGGUCCCUCACAAACUGCCCAGUCAAACAAAUAUGAUGACGAUUUUGAUGAUUUCGAUCCACGGGGAACUUCAAGUUCUAAACCUUCUGCUGUAAGUAACCAAGUCCAAGUGGAUCUUUUCGGGGAAAAUUUCGUCGAUCUUUUGGAUGCACCACCAGCAUCUAUUCCAACUGAUAAGUUGACUCCUUUGGGCAAUAAUCCAUCAGAAGUUGAUUUAUUUGCUGAUGCAAAUUUUGUGUCGGCAAAACCCGACCUAGAAGCAGCGAAGAGUUCCGCACCUCAGACCAAUAUUGAUCUAUUUGCCUCCCAGACAGCUCCUGCUGUUUCCACAACAGUCGAUUUUUUUGCUGAACCUGAUCCAGUUUUUGACAAGAAGGCUGCUAAAUCCGAUACAGUUAGCAAUAAUACAGUCGAUCCUUUUGCUGCAUUUCCAAUGAACAGUUUUGAUGGAUCCAAUGAGUUAACUUCUCAUGCAGAUCCUUUGUCAGCAGUAUCUGACAAAAAUUCCCAUAACGACACAAGUCAUGGCAAAAUAAAAGAAUCUUCUGUUGAAACCAAAUCUCCUCAGAAGAAAGAUCCAUUUCAAUCAGUAUCUGGUAUAUGGGCCGAUUCUUUUAGCCGUGGAUUGAUCGAUCUAAAUAUAUCUGCUCCCAAGAAGGUCAACUUAGCAGAUGUUGGCAUUGUCGGUGGGUUGACCGAUGGAUCUGAAGAAAAAGAAAAGGGGCCUCCGCCCCCACUUCAGAUGGGCAAAGCUAUGGGCGUAGGUAAAUCAGGUUCUACACCGACUCCCCCAAUAAUCGACGAUGACUUCUUCUCAAGUCUAAGCGGCCAGCAAUCUUGGUAUGGAGAUUCUAAAAAAUGAGUUGCUAUUUUUUCUCUUCAACUGCUAAUAUAUUUAUUUCAAAAAAAAUUCUCUUGGGAAUUUCAGCAUGGGUUAGAACCAUGUGAAACCUUUGUAUAUGAGGGUAGGUGUUUUUGUACAUGUGUUUCGAUUGCCCGUAUUUUGCUCUUAGUGCUAUAAGGUAAAGUAUUGAAGACUUAUAAGAUGAUUUUUUUGCA